CUUCGUUCUGUUGUCUCUGAUCGGUUCUCAUUUGAAGAGGAUUUUGCGGGUUAGCUGGAUAAUGAGAGUCUUCCUCCAAACGGAUGGAUAUUUAGGACUGUCUCAUUAUCUCAGCGGUGGCAACACUCGCUGUUAAAAUUAACCCAACGACUCUGCUGAUUAACGUGGCUCUCUUUAAUUAAUAGUGCGUGUUUAACGUGUUGCUUGGUGUAUGGAUUUGUUUUGCUACAUAGCUAGUUAGCUGCUACCUAAUAGCGCUAAUUUAAAACAUGCAAGACAGUGUAACUCUCGGUUUUGAAAAUAAACUUAAAUUAGAUUAUCAACGCGCUGUAAUCUCCUCUGUCUGUCAUCAUGUAUCUAAAGUCAGUUCUUCCGAGUAACGGAACAAGGCGCUUCGGAGUUGCCGAUCUGAGCUAGCCUGCUAGCAUUUAACAGUUCCGACAGCGUGAGGGUUCGGGCUGUGGCGACCAGCUGAUCGGCUCCCUGGGUCAGCUGCUUCCAGCAUCAAUUGUUUGGGACCGGAUACGUUUCCAACUACAAUGGCUAAUGUUACAGACCUGCAGACAAAAUACAGCAAGCUGGCGCAGGAGUAUUCAAAGCUCCGUGCCCAGAACCAAGUGCUGAAGAAGGCAGUUGUAGAUGAACAGGCCAACUCUGCCUCUUUAAAGGACCAGCUGAAGCAGAGGGACCAGAGCCUGAGGAAGCAGGAGCAGGAGAUGGACAGCCUGAGCUUCAGGAACCAGCAGCUCGCCAAGAGGGUGGAGCUGCUGCAAGAGGAGCUGGCUGCUAGUGAAGGCAGGAGCAAAAAGGGGAAGGCUAAAGGAGACUCUCCACUGCAGCCAGGCCUGCAGACACAAAGUGUUUUCAAUGAAGAUCUGCAAAAAAAGAUAGAAGAGAAUGAGCGUCUUCACAUACAGUUCUACGAAGCCGACGAGCAGCACAGGAAGAAGGAGGCCGAGCUGAGGUCCCGGCUGCAGAAGCUGGAAGGAGAGGCAGAGGAACACCGGGGUGUUGUUGAUGGACUCGCAACAAAGUAUGUGGAAACCAUCGAGCGCCUGCAGGGUGACAAAGCUCGUUUAGAGCUGAAAACACAAACUUUGGAGAGGGAGGCGAAAGACUGUCGAAUGCGAACAGAAGAGUGCCAGCAGCAGUUACGGCGCUGCCAGUCGGAGCUGAGCAGGCAGGUGAAGCAAAGCAGCAGCGUCAUUCAGGAGAAAGUGCCCUUUAACGACACCAAAUUUAGCGACUAUAACAGCCUAAAUGUGCCAUCACACAACCGACGGCACCAGCUUAAGGCUCGGGACGUAACAAGUCAAGCCCUGAGCUUCAUCCAGGACCUGGUGGCUGCUCUGCUGAACUUCCACACCUACACUGAGCAGCGGGUCCACAUCUACCCCCUGGACUCAUCCAUCGAACCCAUUUCUCCUCUGAACCAGAAGUUUUCUCAGUAUCUCCAUGAGAAUGCUGCCUAUGUGCGCCCCCUGGAGGACAGCUUUCUGCAAUUGUACCAAAGCAUCACAGAGGACACCGUCACAGUGCUGGAGACUGUUGUCAUGCUGAGGAAUUUCGCUGAGAAUUUCUCCUCCUACACACACUUCCUGCUGAAGAUUCUUCCCUACCAACUGAAAAGUUUGGAUGAAGAGUGUGAAGCUCCUCUUUGCACUGCUGCCCUGAUGGCAAAAAACCGGGAGUUACAGAGUGACAUGAAGAAAGUUACCACCGUGUUUGAGAAGAUGCAGAACUACAUCAACCUCUUGGCCUUACCCAGUUCUGAUCGAGCAGAGCCGGUUGCAGGUGUUAAUAUGUUGUGCUUGUUUAACAAACGCGCGGCGUGUGCCUCAGGUGUUCGGCAGGACGCCAUGCCACAGAGCAGCACCUCAGCUGUCUUCACCCAGCUGGCAGCUAGCCUGCACAGCCUUCAUGAUGCCAUUAAAGAGAUGUCAAAACAUUAUAACCAGAAGGCAAGCAUAGAGCAGGAGCUCCCCACUGUCACGCAGAAGCUCUGCACCACCACAGAGUGCCUCCUCGGGUCGCUGGGCUCGUUGACCAGCGUCACCGGCAAGAUUGCCACUUUCUUCAGCAACAACUUGGACUUCUUCACGUCUCCAGGCUACAGUCCGAGAGGAUGCGCAGUGAGCCUCAACCCGCUGCAGGCAGAGAGCAUGCUGGCCAACAAAAAGAAAGCAGCUGCCUACAUCGACGCCAUCAAAACGGCGAGGCCACAGUCGGUUCCUUACAGGGAAGCCCUGUCAAACCGUCGGGUUCUCACCAGCUCCACUGAGAGCAGAGAGGGUCUCACUCAGCAGGUGCAGCAGAGCCAGGAGAAGAUCACCCGGCUGGAGCAGGAGAAGGAGCACUGGCUCCUGGAGGCCCAGCUGGGGAAAGUGCGGCUGGAGAAGGAGAACCAGCGCAUAGCCGACCUGGAAGCGCAGCUGGCAGCGGCUCUGGGGGGAAGUCAGAGCUCCCAGACAGCCGCAGACGGCCGGCUCACACAGAGCCACGAGGAAGCCGAGACGGCGCAGAAAGCCGCAGGGAAAGAGACGACUCUCUGCACCAGCCUGGUCGGCAUGUUGUGCACAACACCUACAAAUGAGCACGUGGGAGACGAAGAGUCUCGUGAACAGCUGAUAAAGACUCACUAUAUGACGAGAGUGGGAGAGCUCACCACCCAGCUCCAGGUUUCAGACAGCAAAGCUGUUCACUUUCACUCAGAGUGCCGAGCCUUGGCAAAGAGAUUAACCAUCGCAGAGAAAGCACGGGAGACUCUGAGCGAAGAGGUCAAACUGGCUAACGAGAACAUCACUCGGCUGCAGGACGAGCUGACUACGACUAAGAGGAGCUACGAGGACCAGCUCAGCAUGAUGAGCGACCAUUUAUGCAGCAUGAAUGAGACGUUGAGCAAGCAGCGAGAGGAGAUCGACAUGCUCAAGCUGGGUGGCAAGGCGAAUGCGAAAAAGAACAAGAGUCGUUAGAGCUGCUUUCAAACCGUCAACAUGUGCGGAGGAUUUCCACGCUGCAGAACCUCUUGGUACCGACGCAGUCUCUGGACCUUCAGGAUCACUGCGAGUUCAGAGACUCGAACACGUUUGAUAAAAGCUUUGUUUUUCUGU